CAUUGCCCUUACGGCGUCGAUGCAGCAGACCGGAAACGCAAUGCCAACUGCUCCCCAAGGCGUAACCGAACUCAGAGCACCCGACAUACCUCCGCCCCCAGGAUGCAUACCCAACUACCCCGGCACGUUCGGCAUGCUCGUGACGGAUGUCAAUACGGCCGGUCCACGGGGAAGGUUGAAACGAGAUGGAGAACUGGUGUCGCAGAUCGACGACGGCCAGCCGCAAACGCCUUCGGGUGGAGGUGGAGCCGUUUCGCAGAUACCUGAUGGGCAGCCCCAGGCUCCUGGUGGAGGCGUCGUUUCUCAGAUAGCCGAUGGACAAAUCCAGGCUCCAGGUGAAAAACUCGUCGGCCAGAUUGACGACGGUCAGAUCCAAGCUCCAGGUGGAGGACUAGCCGGCCAGAUUGGCGACGGCCAAAUCCAAGCUCCAGGCGGAGGAAUCGCUAGUCAGAUAGCCGAUGGACAAAUCCAGGCUCCAGGUGAAAAACUCGUCGGCCAGAUUGACGACGGUCAGAUCCAAGCUCCAGGUGGAGGACUAGCCGGCCAGAUUGGCGACGGCCAAAUCCAAGCCCCAGGUGGAGGAGCAGUCAGUCAGAUUGGCGACGGUCAAGUCCAGGCUGCAGGUGGAGGACUAGUCGGUCAGAUUGGCGACGGCCAAAUCCAAGCUCCUCGUUCUCCGAACCUACUCUCCCGUCGCCAACUGACACCACGGCCUCAAUUCCGAGCUGGCGCUUCCGCCGACUCAUUGAAAAUGACUCUUGAAAAUGGGGUUCUGAAAGACGAGUUCGGCCGAACCGGAUACAUCGCAUCCAAUUACCAGUUCCAAUUCGACGACCCGCCACAGGAUGGCUCGAUCUUUACAGGGGGUUUCAGCGUCUGCAAUGAUGGCACCCUGGCUCUAGGUGGUAGCACUGAGUUUUAUCGGUGCAUCAGUGGGGACUUCUCCAACCUCUACGAUCGUUGGUGGGCAGACCAGUGCAGUCCCGUGGCAUUCAAUAUGGUGGAGCUUGUCUAGUGGAUGUUGGCCCGACCGCGAAGCAGAAGAGGCAAUCCUUGGGAUUCGGGGCAUGAUCGCAAGCUAGGAGCCUCUAGGUAGCUGUGUGCAAGUUUUGUAUUAUGUGGAGUCACAGUUACGAUCGAUUUGAGCCUAUGUCGGGUUCAACCAUGGCUAGCAGCACAUGUUCGGUUGUCAUUCUUUACGUACAAUGCACG